UCUCCCGCCCCCGCCCUUCAAGAAGCAAACAGGAAGUCAGUCUUUUCUCACGGAUUACUGACACGUCUUAAGUUACAAAAAGGCAUCGUCAUGAGCUCAAACAGACCAUCAUAUUCAACCGCUGCUGCCCAAGAAGCUAACUGUCUCCCAGAACUCCGGCUGAUCUUGCUGGGUUGGCGAUGGCCAGGUAAAAGCCUGACCGGCAACACCAUUUUGGGCCGUGAAGAAUUUCAUCUGGAACGUGCUGCCGAAUUCUGCGUGAAGCGUGAGACUGAGGUGGAUCAGCGCAAAGUAACAGUAGUAGACACUCCUGGCUGGUUCUCAGCUCAGACCACACCGGCUGACUACCAGCAGGAAAUGGUCCGAAGCGUAACUUUGUGCCCACCUGGACCCCAUGCAUUCCUGCUGGUCAUACCUGUUGGCAUGUUCACUGAAACAGACCGGGCUCAUAUAGAGGAGAACAUAGCACUUUUUGGGGAGAAUGUGUGGAAGCACACCAUUGUGGUGUUCACCUGGGCAGAGGUUUUAAAGGACAGGUCCAUAGAAAGACAUAUACGAAAAGAAGGUCGUGAGCUUCAGUGGGUGGUGGACAAGUGUAAGAAGAGGUACCACGUCAUCAAUAACUAUAUUUUUGGUGAACACCCACAACUGCUCCAGCUGAUGGAGAAGGUCGAGAAGAUUGUAUCUGAAGAAGGUGGUUACUUCACCCUUAAGACAGAUGAACCAAAAACACCAAGUGAAACUCAGAGUCUGAAUCUAAACACCAAUUCAUUGAAAGAGAACAGGGAGCUUGGAGCUAGACCCAAACAAAAUGGCUCCUGCAACUCACUGCGGGGCACGGACCUGAACCCUCCACAGAGUGAGUUCAUGUCACAGCAUACAAUGUACAACAAGUGCUGAUCUGGUUAUUAGCAUGUCUUUGAUGGAUAAUUUUUUUCUUUUUGCAUCCAGGUCAUCAGUGUUUACUCUAAACUGUUGUUCUGAUCAAGUAAAUUAAUUUCAUCUUACAUCAUAAUGUCUCUUGGUUGUUUAUUCUGGGACUGUAUGCUAACAUCUUCAAUAUUAUAAUAGUUUUUUGUUUAUUAUUAUUACUCAGACCCCUGCACUAAUGAAUGUAUUUUAAAUUGCAAAUUAUUUAUUUUUAAAAUUCACCACUGUAUGUAACUCUAUAUUUGCACUCACCAGACGUAUUAUUUAUCUAGUAUUGUAACAAUGUCAUAAUCAAACUUUUUUGCAAGAUAUAGCAUUGCAUUUUUUAUGAUGUUAUUUAUUUUUGUUAUCUCUGCAGGUUUGGUUGAAGGAGUGAGUGACUAAGGCUGUGAUUACAGUUCCAGUGCUACUGUAUUCAUUACCUCAAUUCCACUGAACUUAAAUUAUGAAAUACCCAUUACUACCAUAUCAGUCCAACAGUUUGCAGUCAAAUGUCCCUGUACAAUAUACUUCUUACCCCACAAAAUAUAAGAUGAUAACAGUAAAAAUUAUUAUCAUCAAAGGUUUGAAUUGGUGUUAGUAAAUCAGUUGUACAUCACCUGGCAUGGCAUAUCAUGCAGAUAUCACUACAGUACUAUACACACUUACCCAAACAGUCAUGUCUUACUUUACAGUGUAUUAUAUAUGAAGGACACAUUGGCACAGAGAAUAUUGAGGUAAUGGAGUCAUUAGUUAAACAGAAACACUCCACAUUCAUGAAUAAUUUGCACUAUUGAGUUUAACACGACCCAAUAGCUUGUAAAAUGCUUCAACUAAUGCACUAAUAGAGUUAGCAGAGAUGACUGUCUGACACGAUUUAUAUUAUUGUUGUAUUGGUUAGUUAUAUUGGUGACAGUUGCUAUGGAAUUACAAAUUGUCCAAAAUCAUAUUACAUUUUCCGGUUAUUUUACAUCAUAUUUAGGUGCUGUUUCAGGUAUUGCAGAUACAUUAUAUUUGAAUGUUUUCAAAUUAUAUUUUCUAGUAAUGUCAUUAUUGCUAUUUUAUUGUUUGAGUGAAUUAGGUAUUUUCACCUUGAGUAAUAUUUUUUAGUUACUGAUGUUUUAGGAUUGCUGUGAUAAGUUUUCUUUUCUUUAUUUGUUUCUUUCUAAAUGUUUUAAUUUAAUUAAGUACACAUUGUAAAUAGUAUCCUCCAUGAAACUGAGGCUGGUUAACGGUCUUGUUAUAAGCGCUCUUAAUAUCAACACUGUUAAAGUUCUGGCACUGUCUAAUUCUUAUGGAACAUGAGUGUCUGUUAUUAUUAAUUGAUUUACAUAAAAGCAUUCCUUUCUA